AUGGCGGACAACGGCAGCAUUUUCGAUCCCUCCAUCGAAGAACCGCCCUCCUACUCGCGCUCUGGCUCUCCAACAUUCUCUCCGAAUUUGGCGACAGCCCUUGGUGCCGCUGCCCCUCACCCCAGUGCUUCGAAUUCCGGAGCAUCCAUCCCGCUAUCACCACAGGCGGCCUCCAGCCCGCCCUCGCAGCCCAUACGCAGCAACUCCCCGCCACCAAGCUACCAGCCCGGCCCCUCUUCAGUCGACGGCCGAACCUCCUCCUCCCGACCCGACCCAGCCCAGGAAGGAGAUCGCCGCGUCCUGAAGGAGAUCCUCCGAGCCCACCCCUGGCGCCGCUCGUGGGGCCCCCCGCCCAAGACCGCGCACGACGCGCUGUGCCGCACAGCGCUGCUCGGCAAGCGCGAGAUCCUCCUCGCGCUGCUCGAGGCCGGGGUGGAGAUCCGGUACACGACGCGCUACUCGGCCAGGUGCAGCACCAGCGCUGUGCACGAGGCGCUGCGCGGGCCGGCGCCGGACCUGUGUCUGCUUCUCCUCGACGAGUGCUUCCGGCGCACGGCGGCGCGCGCGGGCGGCUCGGAGCGAGCGGAGCAGGCGGCGCUGGAGCAGGCGCAGUGGAUGCUCGACGCCAGGGAUGGGGCGGGUUGCACCCCGCUCCACCUGGCGGCGGCGGCCGGCGAGACGGCCAUAGUGGAGGAGCUCAUCGGGCGCGGGGCGGAGGUCGAUCCCGUUGACAACCUGCAGAGGACGCCGCUGCACAUGGCGGCGCGGUACGGGCGUGACGAGACAAUACGGGCCUUGUUUGAGGCGGGAGCCGAUCCGGGAAAGGUGAAGGAAGAGCUUUGGGGUGGCAAUCUCUUGGAUCAUGCCGAUCUUGGCAGUUUCCCUUCCAUAUCCAGAUUGCUUCAGGGUAUCCUGCUUGAGAUGGGCGAAUUUGAAGAAUCCCUUCUGGGGGCAAGUGAUGAUAUAGCUGAGCCUGGUGCUGCUAUGGCAAUUAAUCAGCGAAGAUCGCAGGCCAUUCGGCCUCUCAAGUCUGCCGAUAAAGCACCUUCAGGAGGGCUCGAGAUCAAGGCAUACGCACGAGACUCGAUCUUCAAGUUCCCCAAGAGCAAGCAAGUAUGGCGACCUAGGAAGGCGCCUGACAGCCUCUUGACUAACCCACUCUAUCUACACUGGAAAGCCGAGUUGGAGAAGAUCCGCGCUGAGCACCAGGCACAGAAAGAGAGAAACAGGCUGCGGGAACUCGCUUUGUUUGGUCCUACGAGCGCACAAGGACCUUGA